AUGACCCCCGUGAAAUCGGGUACAGGCGGAGCCCGGGACUGCGACCACUGGCACGAGGGCGCAGGCUUCGUGACCGCGCACAUCGCCAUCACUCUCAUGUACGAGCAGGCGUUGCAGGCGGUGAACCCGUCCAUCGCGCUGCCCUACUGGGACGUGACGAUCGAGGGAACCUAUUACGACUGGAACGACUUCCGCACGAGCUCGGUCUUCUCAGACGAUUGGUUCGGCGAUGCUUCUCCUGGAAACGUGAGACCGGCAGCAGCUUCCGCGGGAGUCGAUUAA